AUGUCCUGCUGCCCUGGCAGAAAUUCUGGCUCUUCCUCUGUAGCUUUUCCCAGGAUUCGGGGUGGUUUUAGCACUGUCUCAUGUCACUGGGGGGGUGGCAUGGGCUACCAGAGCCUAAAUAACUUCAGCAGCAGAAGUCUUGAUGGUCUGAGAUGUUUCAGGUCCAGCACAGCUGCUGGAAGGUGUCGUCCUCUGGGACAUGGAUUUGGUGCAGCUGGCACAGGGUUCAGCUACAGAGGUGUUGGCUUUGGCUACAGGGUUGGUGGGGUCUCCAGGCCAUGGACCAUCACCCCCAUCACCAUCCAUGAGGAGCUGCUGAAACCACUCAGGCUGGAGCUCGAUCCUAAGGUUCAAAAGGUGAAGUUCCAAGAGAAGGAGCAGAUCAAGACCCUCAACAACAAAUUUGCUUCUUUCAUUGACAAGGUCCGACUCCUGGAACAGCAGAACAAGGUGCUGGAGACCAAAUGGAGCUUCCUGCAGGGUCAGAAGCACUGCAAGGAUCCCACCAGACCCAUGGUGGAGGCUUCUGUUGGAAACUUGAAGAAGCAGCUGGAAGCACUUAGGAAGAGCAGAGCCCAGCUGGAAAGAGACCUGAAAGAGGCAGAGCAGGUUUUGGAAACCAACAAGAAAAUGUACAAGGAUGAGCACAGCCAAAGGACGUGUGCUGAGAGUGAGGUUAUUGCCCUCAAGAAGGACAUGGAUUCUUUUUUCUUAACCAAAGCAAAGCUGGAGGCCAAAGUGGAAAGCCUGAAAGAAGAGGUUGAGUUCCUGCGAGUGCUCUACAGGGAGGAGGUCCAGCAGCUGCAGGCCCAGAUGUGGAACACUUCAGUGGUCAUGCAGGUGGACAACAGCCAAAAUCUUGGCUUGGAUGGGGUCACUGCAGAUGUCAGAGCUCAGUACGAGGACAUCGCUUGCAGGAGUCGGGCAGAAGCACAGGCACGGUGUGAAAGCAAGUUUAAGGAGCUCCAAGUGACCGCAGGCAGAAAUGCUGACAGGCUGCAGGAUGCAAAACCCAAGAUAGCUGAGCUGACAGGGAUGGUCCAGAGCCUGAACAGAGAAAUCAGGAGCACCAAGGAGCAGUGCUGCAAGCUGGAAGCUGCUCUGGCCAGCACCGAGCAGCACGGGGAAAAGAGCAUCAGGGAUGCAAAACACAAACUCUCUGAGCUGGAGGCAGCCCUGCAGCAGACCAAGGCAGAACUGAGCCGGCAGCUCUGUGAGUACCAGGAGCUCAUGAGCAUCAAGGUAGCUCUGGACAUCGAGAUCAUCACCUACAAGAAGCUGCUGGAGGGAGAGGAGAACAGGUGA